AGCUUAUAAAAAUAAGUAAAGUGUAUAACACAAGGAGAGGAAGAUAACAUCUUUUAUUUGACUUUUAAGUUCUGAGAAAGAAAUGGGAUCGAUUCCCGAAUCUGUACCUACGGCGAACUCUUCUACGACGACGACGGUGGUGAUGAGCUCUAUUCCGCCGUUUCUGAGCAAGACUUACGACAUGGUUGACGAUCCAUCGACUGAUGAGGUGGUGUCUUGGAGCAGUGGUAGCAACAGCUUUGUCGUGUGGAACGUGCCCGAGUUCUCCAAACAGUUUCUGCCCAAGUACUUCAAACACAACAACUUCUCUAGCUUCGUCAGACAGCUCAACACUUAUGGUUUCAGAAAAGUUGAUCCAGACCGUUGGGAAUUUGCAAACGAGGGAUUUCUAAAAGGCCAAAAACAAUUGCUAAAGAGCAUCAUCCGGAGAAAGCCUACUCAGGUGCAGCCUCCACAGCAGCCACAAGUUCAGCACUCCUCCGUUGGUGCCUGCGUGGAAGUGGGGAAGUUCGGACUCGAAGAAGAAGUGGAAAGACUCCAGCGGGACAAGAACGUCCUCAUGCAAGAGCUCGUGAGGUUAAGACAGCAGCAGCAAGUCACCGAACAUCAUCUUCAGCACGUGGGGCAGAAAGUUCAUGUGAUGGAGCAGAGGCAGCAGCAGAUGAUGUCUUUCCUAGCAAAGGCUGUUCAGAGUCCAGGCUUCUUAAACCAGUUUGCACAACAGAGUAAUAAUGAGGGAAACCAACAACACAUCUCCGAGACCAACAAGAAGAGAAGGCUACCUGUUGAGGACCAGAAGAAUAGUGGUAGUAACGGGCUUAAUGGUCUUAGCCGCCAGAUUGUGAGGUACCAGUCAUCGAUGAACGAAUCAGCAAACAGUAUGCUCCAACAGAUACACAAUAUGAGUAACAACAACAAUCACGGUGGCUUUCUUUUGGGAGAUGUUCCUAAUCCUAACCUCUCAGACAAUGGAAGCUCCUCAAACGGACCGUCUGGAGUUGCAUUCGCUGAUGUUUCAUCUAAUCCUGCAAUGACACAUCACAACAGCCCUUGUGCAACAAACCAAGUCCUUGAGGAGACCAAUUUGCCUUAUCCUCAAGCUGAUCUGUUAGUUCCAAACCAAGGUUCUGGGAGCCCAAGUCCGGAUGUAGUUGGAUGCGAGACUGAUAACGGAGAGUGUCUGGAUCCAAUAAUGGCGGUUUUGGAUGGCUCAAUGAUGUUAGAAACCGAUAAUGAGUUGCUUCCUGGAGGAGUACAAGAUUCUUUGUGGGAACAGUUCUUUGGUGAGAGCUCAGGGAUUGGGGACUCAGAUGAGCUAGUCUCAGGGUCGGUGGAGAAUGAGUUGAUAAUGGAGCAGCUGGAGUUACAACCCAACCUGAGGAAUGUGUUGAGCAACAAUCAGCAAAUGAACCAUCUCACUGAACAGAUGGGACUUCUCACAUCAGAUGCGCUCAGGAAAUAAAAUCACCACAAGCUCCAUUAUCUUUACUCAAGAGAGAUGUAAUGUAGAUGAGGAGUUAAGAUUUUGUGGAGGCGCAGGCAGCAACAAAAGGAUAAUGGCCAAAGUGUUAUGUAUCUAUCUAUGUAUCAAACUUGUUUUCCUCGCAUUCUUGUCACUGUGUAAUAUAAUAAGAGAAAAUAGUCGAGUUAAUUCUUGCAUUAUA